AUGGACCUACUCCAUGUAACCUUUUACUUUGAACCAGGCCUAGGUUUAUACCAUGGUGAGAAACGGCUCACAUUCUGGUCGUCCCCCGAAGCUCGAGAAUGGUUCAAAGCACGUGGAUAUACCCUGUACGAGCGUUGCUGGGACUUGGAAGAGGUUUUGCAAAUACGAGAUACAUCCAUACCAGCCAUUGCUCCCCAGGCAAAUUGUGGUGAGGCUGUGUAUCCCUACCCACACUUUGAUACAGAUGAAGACCCCAGUCAGCCUGGUAUGCCGCUCCGAGCACAGGACAUGACCGGGAAGGUUGGGUUCGCGCAAGAUGUAUUAGGCCGACAUGUUGCAGUCAAGAUUGUGCACGCGGACACCGACGAAUAUCGUAUUUUGCGGUUUCUACAUGAACAAAGCCUGGACACACUCAGAGAAAAUAGUAUAAUUCCGGUUCUGGAAUUGAUACCAAACGGCGCCUUUUGGUUUGCGGUAAUGCCUCGAUGGGCAGUGUAUAUUGACAGACCCGAGCCUGAAUACAUCCAUGAAAUUGUUUUUAUUGUACAUUCACUGCUCAAAGGUCUCCAUUACUUGCAUGCUAAUAAUAUCGUCCACGGGGACAUUCACGCUGGAAAUUUACUCGUAAAUCACAUCACCGAUGACUGCAUAGGGAUACCCAGGCGCGGUCACCUCCGCGCAGAGAAGCGCUUGCUGUAUGCCUUGUUUGACUUUGACCUUUCCAUUAUACCGCCGCCUGGAACAGACAUAAAUGACUUUCGACUACCUGCUGAGAGAUCCUAUGGUUCGUUCAACUAG